UUCAACAACUGAUGAUUCUUGGUACAUAUUCGAAGGGAAUGCUUAUUUUUUUGAAAAAGAUCAAAAGAGUUGGUCUAAUGCUCAGAGCCAUUGUCUAGGAAUGAGAGCACAUCUUGUGGUCUUCAACAAUAAGGCAGAGGAGCAAUAUGUGGCUCGUAUAACCAAUGGAUUGAACAUCUGGAUUGGCCUGUCUGCUGCCCAGCAGUACGGCUCCUGGUUUUGGGUCAACAGUGACGCUUUGGGAUACACAAACUGGUGUCCUAGAAAACCUUCCCCCAAAAGUCAAAAGAAAUCAUGUGCUGCGAAACAAGCAAAAUGCUGGACUGAUCGUGUCUGUGCCAUGCGUCUGCCCUUCGUCUGUGAGAGAGAAGAAUCUGAUACAUCAAACUGAGAUCAAUUCUACCAACAGCUCCCAUGUGCUCAGUGUGAACAUGGGACAUCACAGUGUCCAAAAGAUGAAAUCAGAUCUUCUUUUGUCAUCAGUUUUCAUGAGUAGUUGUAGAUGAAGCCAAACUUCAUGGAUGACUUUACAUUUGAUUAAAAAGCAUUGCAACUAGAGGCCUAUGCUCUUUUUAGUGUGUGUGCAUUAUUAUUACUAUUUUAUCAUCACAAUAUCAAUAUCAAUUUGCAAUG